AUGGAACUGAGAAAAUAUAAAAGAAAACGACUGACCGCGAGGCAUAAUGAAGAGCAACAAAUGCUCAAUGAUGAGCUCAAUGAGAGACUAGAACGCAUGAAUGAAGAAAAUUCAUUGAUGAAAACUCAUCAUGAUGUUACUCAGAAAAUGGAGUAUAAUCAUAUGAAGCAAGUUCACGAGUUGCGGCUGCAGCACCAAAAGAUGCAACAUGAUAUGGAAAUCAAAGCUCAAAAAGUUCACAUGCAGCAGUUAGAACAAGACAUGAGUCAGCGUCAUCGGCAGGCCUUGAAGCAAGCACCAAAGAACAUGAAAGAACAAGAAGCAAAGAUAAAGAAGACCUAUCACGAGAGUAUUAACCUUAUCGAGAAACAAUAUAAAGCGUUCAAAAAUCACAUCCUUGAGCGAUUCAACAAAGCCGAUGCCAAGAAACAGUUGAAAAAGAUGAAAUCAGAGAGGAAGCAACGUCUCGCGUUGAUGUGGGAGCAGUAUGAAAAAACUAUUCAUGAUUUGAAAGAGGAUAACAAAGAUCACAUAACCGAAGCUCAAAAUCAUGAGUCUGAAAAGCUCAAACGCAGCCUUCAGAAAGAUCUCAUUCUGCUCCAAGACUAUCAAGCGAAGAGGCGGCAGCAUUUCGAAGACAUGAAUCGAGACGAAGAAGCAUCCCUAGCCGAUAAAGUCUCCGUCAGACUGUCGUUGAUCAUGCAACGCGAGGAAAAAAGUCACGAGAGUCAUCAAAACGAACGCGCGGCAAAAAUAAGAGCUCUCUCCGAACGCCAAGCGAGGGAAAUUGAAGACUUCGACGCAGAAUCGCUACGGUUGGGCUUCAAUACAGUGAUUAUCGACUCCAGAUCAGGGAAUUACUAUCUCGUGAACCCUCCAGACCGUCACUCUCCUGUUCCGGAUCAUUCGCGACGUUUGAUGACCCCAGACGAGGUCAACCGGGCUUCACGCUCUUCGCAUUCCUCCCGCUCUUCGAACGGCACAACCUUCCGUUGA